UUCAACACCCAGAGCACCUUGGCCAACAUCCACAGCCAGUUCCUGUUAAACGUGGAGGCUCUGUCUGACUUUUGGUCAGUGCUGGAUGAGAUCGAUGAGAAGACAUGGGUGCUGGAACCAGAAAAACCCACAAAAGCAGACUCCACCAGAAGAAUCGCCAUUGGAAACAAUGUCUCAAUAAAGGUACAAAUUGACCCCAGACACCCCAAAAUGCUGCCGGAGUGCUGUUUGCUCGGGGCUGAGCACGUGGUCACUCCUUUAAGGAAUAAGUUGAAUGCCAAUAUGCACUUAUGGAACCCUGACUGCACUGUCCUACAGAAUAUGAAAGAUGUGUUGGAGAUUGAAUUUCCAUCGCCUACCACCCACGGAAAAAUCUUCCAGAUCAAACAGCACCAACAUGCACUAAAGAAGCUGAAGUGCACAAAGCAUAUAGGACCCUCUAAAUCUAAUUUGAUAUAUUUGUCUUCGCAGUGGCUGAGAGGUCUGCCAACCAGUCGCCAAAGCUUCAAUAUUGUGUUUGGAGAAUGUCCUUACUGCAGCAAGCCUAUCACUGUGAAAAUGGUCACAGGAAAUGCUUAA